AUGGAUCGCGAUGGAAACUGUACCACUGAAGCAAUUCGAUCCACUUUAACUUCUCCGUUUAUGAUGUCAAAUCAUUGUUUCAUUCUCUUGGUUAUUCUGGUCAGCUUCUUCGCUACAAAUCUUGCACUCCAAAAACUUUAUGGACGCAAUAUAUUUCCAAAUUCGACUCGAAUUUUAUUGUGUUCAGCAAUUGCAAAUGGAGUUAUUCAUCAGUUGACAGUGGCUGAAAUCAGGCUGAGAACAAUCUUCCGUGCUCUUGCGUAUGGUUCAGAUGCUUGUGCAAUACAAUUUCAUUCAUCUGAAUGCAUCAUCGAACAGAAUAUUUACUAUUACACCAACUUCUUCACUUCUCUCUGCUGCAUUUCCCUCUACUUCGACCGUCUGUUUUCAACUAACUCUAAACAUUUCCAACAAAAUUACAAAUUUUUCGUCGUUUUAUUCCUGGUUUUCCAGUCAAUCAUUCCAAUAUUUCUUCUCCAUUUGGUAUAUUAUAAUGUAACAUACACUGGAUACGUGUCAAUGUGCAACUAUCCACCUCCUUCAAUCGGCUCCAAAUUCUACAUUUUCAACCGUUUUCGUUUCUGUGUUCUCGGAUUAUUCUUCAUUCUCUCUUUUCUCACUUUCAUUUUAAAUCGAAAACAAGAGAAAAGAAUGAUUCACAGAGUAUACGACACGAUUUCUCGUUACAAAUCAUAUGAAAAUCUGUUGGCAACUAAAGCAGUCUGUAUCAUUAUAAUUGUCCAAAUUAUCUGUCUUGCCACAACUGCGAUUGCGACGGAACAAAUCCGAAUGCACACUGAUAUCUUUCCAGAAACUAUUGUUGAUCCAUUGACUGGUUUCAUGAUGGGACUGACCUACUCAAACUUCUUUCUUCCAAUUAUCAUCUGCUAUCAAUCAAACCAAAUAAGCAAACGUCGACGAAGAAAUAUUGGAAAAAUGAAGAAUCAGAAAGAAGGAUUUCUGGAUCAUUUCACUACAUUGGACUUUCUUUGGAAUCGGAAGAAGAAUUUCGAUUAA